CGUACUAAACUAUCACAAUGAAAAAAGAAGAGGCACAAGACAUAUUUCUUAAGAUUCUUAAGGAAGAGGAAGAUGUUUCCACUGCAGUUGCAGCUAUUAAAACAUUGCUAACCGUCAUAGAAAAUUAUAAAGUGGCUACAGUACGGGAGUUGGACUUGAACUUGCAACUGGCUGUGGAUGCCAUGAAGCAAUGUGAUCAACCUGUCACAGGGAUAUCAUCAGGGUGUGAGCUGUUCAUGAGGUUUAUCACCUUUGCCAAACUAGAUGUUGAGUCUUUUGAACAAUGUGAACAAAUAAUGUUAAAAAGAGGAAGAAUAUUUUUGGACACACUGCUGGCAGCGAGGGGAAAGAUAGCUAAACUAGCGCAGCAAUUUAUUUUCGAUGGUUGUAAAAUCCUAAUACAUUCAAGAUCACGAGUUGUACUACAAGCAUUGACAGAAGCAGCCAAAUUAAAUAAAAGGUUUCAAGUGUUUGUGACAAUGUCUUCUCCAGAUAACAGUGGAGUGAGAAUGCACAAAGAACUCGAGGAAGCGGGCAUAGACUCAACAAUAAUUCUGGACUCUGCUGUGGGCUACAUCAUGGAGCAGGUGGAUUUCGUGAUGGUCGGCGCUGAAGGUGUGACUGAAAGUGGUGGAAUCAUAAACAAGAUCGGCACAUUCAGUAUCGCGAUGUCGGCGUCAGAACAUAAGAAGAUCGUAUGUGUGAUGACGGAGAGUGUUAAGUUUUUGAGAAUCUAUCCGUUGAACCAGUUGGACUUACCGAACGAAUUCAAAUAUCCGUCAAGUGUACUUAAAUCCGGAGAUCUGUCGAAACAACACCCCCUAGUCGAUUAUACGCCUCCGGCAUACAUCACCUUACUGUUUACAGACUUAGGAGUGUUAACGCCAUCCGCUGUAAGUGACGAACUCAUCAAACUGUAUUUGUAAAUAAAAUGUUAUUGGUU